AUGUUGUAUCGCUCCAUCAACUUCUGGCUGUUGGACUUGACUGCAAGUCUACUGGUCUUCAUAAGUGCAUGGUACGGCAAAAUGACACGAAGAAGAAUGCAACUAAGAGGGGAACGAGAGACAGUCUCCUCCGCGAGCAAAGUAAAGCCGGCGCAAAGCGAUGAAGUCAUGACUUGGAACCUAGGAACUACUUUGUGGCGAUUGUUUUUGUACACUGGUUAUUUCGCGAUGAUGGCUUUGUCUGUUGUCAUAUUUCAGUCCCAUCCAUACUUUAUGAUCUUUGUUCAGCACAUCACUGUGAUCUUCUCCAUUUGCGUGGCUUUUCUCCAGUGGUUCCAACCGUUUUUAGCGUUGUGUCUUGGAGGCUUCUUCUCCGUAACCUGGAUUGCCAGCGCCUCUACCUCCUUUCGUUGGGUUAUGAAUGACAUGGUCAUUGCUUUGUUUUCGAUUCUAGUCAGUCAUGUACAUUUUCGAAACUUUCCUUCACUGCAAAUGUUUUUAUGGACUGCUGUUGUCUACGACAUUUGCCUCGUGAAAGUACUUUCAAGCGGUCUCCCUUCACUGCUUAGUAAAUUUAGCUGCAAAAGCGUGCUAUGUAAUGCGUUUGAAAUCAAUAACGAAUGGGAACUUCCAACUAUUUUCACAUUUAAGCUGGGCCCACGAGAGGGCCACGUAUUUCUUGGUGCUGGUGAUAUCGUUAUUGGCUGUAUUGUGGCCAAUUUUUCACAAAUGUUUUUCAAGUCUUCCAAAUACUUAUCAGGGACGGUGUGUAGUUACGCUUUAGCGAUCGCCUUAUUGAGCAGAAUCGAAGAAGAACCAUAUCCUGCCUUAGUCACCAUUGUUCCACUAUGUACUUGUCAAUUGGUGCUGUCAGCCUUUUUGUCACGUAAAGCCAAAAAGUUGUUCUCAUUUACGUGCUUUGAUAGAGAUAGAACAGCAGGAGGGUUGGGCCGAGAUAUAGAAUUUGUGAUUUAA